GGGUUUGGAGGUUCUGUGCGCGAGUUCGAAAACCCAUUCAAGGCAAACACGUUCCUUCACUUUCUUGGUUCUCUCUCUCUGUGCCUCCUGAAUAAGGCAGGGGAAGGGAAGGGAGGGCUACCGUUAUAUCCCUCCACAUUGUAACCAUCAUCUGCAAAACAACACAGAGUUGUAAUCUCUUGUAUAAUAAGAGUAUCUCAAUGGGUCAGCAACUGCGUCGAGCCGUUGGGAGAGUCAAAGAAGUUGAAAAGUUUCCAUCAAGGCUCGAUCGGAGAUCUCUUCCAAAAGAAGAACUCAGCGCCGGGAAAUCUCCGUCUAUCAAUGAUGUUUCUGCUCGAGGAAGCAGCAGUGAUGAUAGUGAAAGAGACCCACAAUACGAUACAAUGUUGAACCAAAUGGUUGGGAGAAUAAAGGCUAAACCCGGUGGUAAAGCUGAGAUGGGCGAGGCAUCGGUAGUGGAAACGUCGAAAAGGCCACUCCCAAAGCUCCGGAACACUACUCCUGAAUCAACAAGGUACGAGGCAAAACCGGUGCCGCAAGGAACACUAAACGUGGCUCAAGUGAGACACAUCAUGCUUCUCUAUCAGGGCAAGGCUCAGGAUCACAAGGGUCCAAUGACUCUGAACGAAAUUGCCAAAAACUACAGGAUUGACGUCUCCCAGGUCCAGAAAAAUCACCCAGUUCCUGUCCUUGCCACCAGAGGCUACUGAUAAGCAGAAGAAACGAUAUGAAUAAAAAGUAAAGACACUUAUGUGCGUCUAUGUAACACAGAACCAGAGAUGACAAUGACUUCGAAUUUUUAUUCUUUCUCUAAGGAAUAAUGUAAGACACUAGUAGCUAAGAAUACAAAGCUUUAGUCA